CAGUAGGCCUUUCAAAAAGAAAAGAGUCCCAAGCACUACUACAAGAACAAAUCCCAGCCUCCUUUUUUCCAUUUGAGUGAAAAAGAUACAGAAAACAAGAAAUCUGAGCCAACUUUUUAAUCUCUACUCAUUCUUAAUUAAAACCCAUCUCCUAGAGCAACCAAAAAUCUUAUCUUUGGUCUUCUGUCAGAAGAAAUUGGAGAAGGAAAAAAAAUGAUUUGAUUUAUCAAGAAUCCACCAAUCCAAUGGGUUUCCCCAGAAAUACUUUGUAUUUUGUUCCUGUUUUGCUACUCGUUUUAACCAUUCUUGAGCUCACUCCAGUAUCCCAAUCUGCACCUGACUUCACCAGCUUAGUGUACAAGGGUUGCGCCAAGCAGGAUUUAGCAGAUCCAACAGGGGUUUACUCACAAGCACUCUCUGCCCUUUUUGGCACCCUCAUUGCACAAUCCUCCAAGGCCAAGUUCUUCAAAACCACCACUGGCAGUGGCCAAACCACCAUUAAUGGCCUUUUUCAAUGCAGAGGGGACCUGUCAAAUGUUGACUGCUAUAAUUGUGUAAGCAGGUUGCCUAUACUCAUAGAUAAACUCUGUGGCAAGCCUAUUGCAGCGAGACUUCAGCUUUCUGGGUGCUACAUGCUCUAUGAGGUUGCAGGGUUUUCUCAAAUUUCCGGGAUGGAAAUGCUGUACAAGACUUGCAGUGGAAAAAAUGUUGGAGGGGCCGGAUAUGAGGAAAAAAGGGACAGUGCAUUUUCUUCACUGGCAAAUGGAAUUGGAAAUGCUAAUGGAUUUUACACCACAAGUUAUGAGUCAGUUUAUGUGUUGGGUCAAUGUGAAGGUGAUGUUGGCUCUUCUGACUGUGUGGAGUGUGUGAAAAAUGCUCUUCAGAGAGCUCAGGUUGAAUGUGGGAGUUCCAUUUCUGGCCAAAUCUAUCUUCACAAGUGCUUUAUCAGUUAUAACUAUUAUCGAAAUGGGGUUCCCGAAAGAUCAUCUUCUUCUUCUUCAUAUACCUCUCCUUCUCCAUCAGGAUCAGGGCAGAAUAUAGGGAAGACAGUGGCUAUAAUAUUAGGAGGGGCAGCAGGAGUGGGGUUUUUAGUUAUUUUCUUGCUGUUUGCAAGAAAUUUAAUCAAGAAACAUGAUGAUUAUUGAGGUGGAACAUGUGAAUUUGCGAGUCGAAUGUAGUUCUUAAACUUGAGGAUUUCCUUAUUGAAAUUCAACAGAAACUGGGAAAACAUUGUAAGCUUUAAUUCCAAGUAAUGUGAAAAGAAAAAGGAGAAACCAGUACUUUUUCUUAGCCUGUGUAGCAUUUUUGUUUUAAAAACGUCAUAUUUUGUAUUCAAAGACCAGAAAAUUUUGUGGCAUUAGAAAGAGUUUUUGGCAAGAAAUGUUGUUCAAGAAAAUUUUGGUGCCUAAUACAAGAAUGUAUGAUUUUCAAUUGCCAAAAAAUAAAAGAAAAAAAAAUGAAUUCGGAAAUUGUGCUUAUGACUUUGGCAUUUUUCCCAAUUGCCAUGUGCAUGUCUGUACCUUUACUUCAUUGUAUAGAAUAAUUGACCUAGAUUUCUUCAA